GCUUCAUAUGAGUUAAAAACGAAAGUGAAGGAAGAGGAAAAUAAACGACGCCAUUUCAAGUCGAAACACCAACAAUUGGUAUUCAGACGGUCACAAGUUUUGUGGAGGAGGACUCUGACACCAAAAUGAGUCUCUGUGAAGAGAAAGAUGAAGACACUUCCUCUAAAAUGAGUUUUCCUGAAUCGAGCUGCAAUCAACCCAUAACAAAUCUGCCCUCUGCCUUCAGUGAUGCAGCAGAGACCUCUGACCCCAGCAUCCGCAGAAGGGAGAGACAGAGAUCAGAGUCUUCAGCACCCAGCAGUGUGUCUGUGAAGAGUGACGGCUCUAUGGAGCAACAUCCUGUAUUUAGUGAUAGACCAGUAACCUCUGACCCUCUCAGCGGGGAGAUACAAGAGCUGAUCAGAUCCGUGCCAUCCUCUAUAACCCAUUAUCAGACUCACAUCAGACGGGAAAGAACUAAAUCAGUCCUGCAGAAACAAAUACUGGAGACUGGUGACCUGCAGAGUGUCAAAGACCAGCACAAAACCAUUAUGAAGAACAAGUAUGAGAGAUUAUUUGAGGGAAUCAAACUCCAAGAGAAUCAAACCCUCCUGAACAGGAUCUACACACAGCUCUACAUCAUAGAGGGAGAGAGAGAAGGAGUGAAUGAAGAACAUGAGGUUUUACAGAUGGAGAAAACAGCAAGGACAAAACACUCACAAGACACUCCAAUCUACUGCAAUGACAAACAAAUCAAGACUGUUCUUACCAAAGGUAUCGCUGGAAUCGGAAAAACCGUCUCUGUGCAGAAGUUCAUUCUGGACUGGGCAGAGGGAAAAGCCAAUCAGGAUGUAGAUUUCAUGUUUGUGCUUCCAUUUCGAGAGCUGAACUUGAUCCGAGAUCAUCAGUACAGUCUUCACAGGCUUCUGCUGGACUUUCAUCCUGAACUUCAAGAUCUGGACUCACAGAUUUAUGAGGAGUGUAAAGUUGUGUUCAUCUUUGAUGGUCUGGAUGAAAGCAGAAUCACACUGAUGUUUUCAGACAAUCAGAAAGUUUGUGAUGUGACUGAGACUUCAUCAGUGGGUGUGUUGAUGUCAAAGCUCAUGAAAGGAGAGCUGCUUCCCUCAGCUCUCAUCUGGAUCACCUCCAGACCAGCAGCAGUCAAUCAGAUCCCCUCCGAAUACAUCAAGCGUCUGACAGAAAUUCAGGGAUUCACUGAGCCUCAGAAGGAGGAAUAUUUCAGGAAGAGAAUUAGUGACCAGCAUCAAGUCAGCAGAAUCAUCUCACACAUCAGAAGAGCAAGAAGCCUCUACGUCAUGUGCCACAUCCCCGUCUUCUGCUGGAUCUCAUCCACCGUGCUUCAGAAGCUCCUGGAAGAAGAUCUGAGUGCAGAAAUCCCUCAAACUCUGACUGAAAUGUACAUCCACUUCCUGGUGAUCCAGAUCAACAUGAGGAACCAGAAGUAUGAAGAGAGAGAUCCAGAGAAACUCCUGCAGUCCAACAGAGAAGUGAUUGUGAAACUUGCUGAAGUGGCUUACAAACAGCUGAUUAAGGGCAAUGUGAUGUUCUAUGAGGAGGACCUGAUUGAGAGUGGCAUAGAUGUCACUGAUGCCUCAGUGUAUUCUGGGAUUUGCACUGAGAUCUUUAAGGAGGAAUCUGUGAUUCAUCAUAGGAAAGUCUACAGCUUCAUUCAUUUGAGCAUUCAGGAGUUUCUUGCUGCUUUCUACGUGUUUUACUAUUACAACAGACAAAUAUCUGUGACAUCCAAGUUUUUUGAUUUAAUUUAUAGUUUACUGGAAGGUGCAAUAGAUCAAUCCCUUAAGAGUGAGAAUGGACAGCUGGAUCUGUUCCUGCGUUUCCUGCUGGGCAUCUCACUGGAGGCCAAUCAGAGACUCUUACAGGAUCUUCUGUCACACACAGAGAACAGCUCAGAGAGCAUCAAGAGAACCACACAGUACAUAAAAGAGAAGAUCAAAGAUGGACAUGGACUCUCCACUGAAAGAUCCAUCAAUCUGUUCCUCUGUCUGCUCGAAGUGAAAGAUCAGACUCUGUCCAGAGAGAUUCAGGAGUUUGUGAAAUCAGACAAACACUCAGAGAAGAAACUCUCUGCUGCUCACUGCUCAACAAUUGCCUACAUGCUUAAGAUGUCAGAGGAGCCACUGGAUGAGCUGGACCUCAGUAAAUACCACACAUCAGACGAGGGGAUAAGGAGACUGAUACCAGCUGUGAUCAACUGCAGAAAAGCUCUUCUUGCCAGCUGUAAUCUCACUUGUCAGGAUUGUGAAAUUGUGUCAUCAGCUCUACAAUCCUCAAACACUGACAAUAAACAGCAGGAUCCAAGAAACAAUCACAAAUUGUCCAUUUGCAGGUUGUCUGGCUGUAUGGUGACAGAGAAAGGCUGUGGUUAUUUGUCUUCAGCUCUGAGUUCAAACCCCUCACACCUGAGAGAGCUGGAUCUGAGCUACAAUCACCCAGGACAAUCAGGAGUCCAGCUGCUCAAACACAAACUGCAGGAUCCAAACUAUAAACUACAGAUACUCAAUAUGGACCAUGGAGGAGGGACCAGGGUUUCACCAGGACUACGAAAAUAUGCCUGUGAUCUCACACUGGAUCCAAACACAGCACAUGCUAAACUUGUCUUGUCUGAGGACAACAGGAAGGUGACACGAGUGGAAGAUCAUCAGCAGUAUCCUGAUCAUCCAGACAGAUUUGAUGGUUUUGAGCAGGUUCUGUGUAAGGAGAGUCUGACUGGACGCUGUUACUGGGAGGCUGAAUGGAGUGGAAGGGGAGCUGAUAUUUCAGUAGCUUAUAAGGGAAUAAGGAGGAAAGGGCUGAGUGAAGAUUGUUGGUUUGGAUACAGUGAAAUGUCCUGGAAUCUGUAUUGCUCUAGCCGAAGUUAUUCUGCUUGUCACAAUCUAAAGCAAACAGAUAUUCCUGCCCCUUCAUCAUCUAAAAGAGUUGGAGUGUAUGUGGACUGGUCUGCUGGUACUCUGUCCUUCUACAGCAUCUCUGAUACACACACACUCACACACUUACACACAUUCAACAACACAUUCACUGAACCCCUCUAUGCUGGAUUUAAGGUUUAUCCAGACUCCCCUGUGUUGUUGCAGUAGAACAGCCGAACCCCCUAGACAUACCUGUCACAUAAACACACAGCUAAAUAUGCUUGAAACAUGAUCCUAGUUUUAAAGGGAGACAAAACUCUUGUUUAUUUUGAUGUUAUCUAUUUUUGUUUUUGUAAAGUUUGAAUUUAUAAAUUAUUUUAUGAAAUUGUUAUCUUUUGUUAUAACAUGAAACAGUAUAUUUGAAUCAUCCUAUUCUUAUAGACAGAAAAAAAAAACCGAAUUAGUCGCUGUCACAUUCAUCUUCAGCAUCUACUCAGUGCCUCAUUCUGUUUUUUUUUUUUUGUUUUUUUUUGCUACUAUUAUAGUAUACAUUUUAGAAUUUGAAUACAAUCACCAAUCGUUUAAUAAGAAAAAAAGAAACUUGUAUGCUGAUUUGCUUCUGUUCUUGUUAUAUUUGAGUUCUAAUUUCUUGUUUAUUUCCUGUUUUCUGUGUAUAUGUUCUCAUUUGUUUCUAAUUACUGAUUAUUUCAUCCUUUGUUUUAUUCACUGAAUGUCCUGUCUUGUCUUAACAUGGUCAGCUUGUGGUUUAAUAAAGACAGCUUACUAUAUAUAUGAAA